UAACGUUAGCCCAUGAGCCCAAGUAUAUAUGUCGUUCUCCCUUCGUAGAAAACCCUAAUCCCGUUUUGCUCGCACCCAAAUCAAACCCUAGAUUCUCUCGAUCUAGCGACGAACCCUAAUUCUCGACCGAAUUGUCUCUCGUAUCUCUCUCGAUGGCUCCUAGUGGUGGAAAACGUAAGAGAGGAAGAGGAGGAGGAGGAAGGGCUCCGAAGGUUUCCCCAAAUCGACCUGUCGCCAAUCGACCCACUGCUUCUGGGACGUCAAAUCGAAGACCCAGUACUCUUCCUAGCCAGUAUACCUUCACUCCGGCAAAUCCUAAAGCCCCAGAGACUCAGCAAAGUCCGGUAAAUCCUGUAGCCCUAGAGUCUCAGCCUCCGACUCAUAGAGACUAUCCUCCUCCGACGCAGCUGUUCCAGUCCGGCGAUGAUUCUCCUCGAGGCUCUGGGUCGCAUCCAUUUCGGGAAUCUGGAUCUACUCAAGUUCGAGGGUCUGGAUCUGUUCAAGGACGAGGCUCUGUAGGAUCUAUUCAUCGUCUAGCUUCUCGGUCGAAUCAACCUCCUGCGCCGGUUCAACCUCCUGCGCCGGUUCAACCUCCAGCGUCGACUCAGCCUGCAGCGUCAAAUCGACAAAUACCAUCUCGUCAACAAAGACCUUCUCCUCAACCUCGAGCCUCUGUAUCGCAUCAUAGUUCUCAGGCUCAAAACUCACACGAGGAAUCUGAAGAUGAGGAAGCUGAAGGUGAAUCUAAAGAAGAUGUGUUGAGGGAUUCAACACUCCCAGAAGAUGUCCUCGCAGAUUUACAUGCUACACUUCUCAUCCCAGGCCGUGAGAAGUACACCACCGUCAUCUCUCCCAACCUCGAGCCUGAAACCACUUGGUUUGGUAAGGACAAUGGAAAGCUAACCCGGAAGAUCACUAAAUGUUUCACAAACAAGUUUGAUGGGCCAUAUUACAAUUGGAGCUGUGUUCCUACUGGUAGAAGAGAAAGAUACUUCCUCGAAUUCGCGAAACUACACACCUGGCAUCCCUCAGUGACAGGUGUUGUUGAAGCUAAAUUCUACAAGAUUUGUCAGGUGCGGAUGAAAGACAUGGUUAGCAAGGCAUGUUCAAAACGAGAGAGGCCAAAUUGGAUCGAGAAAACACUUUGGAUAGAGAUGUGUGCCUAUUGGGACACUGAAGAAGCAUUAGCCAAGAGUUCAACCACAUCAGCAGCUAGGAUGUCUGACCGUAAUGGUCUUGGUCCUCACAAGCAUGUUGCUGGUCCAAAGUCGUUUUUACAAAUAGAGCAAGAGAUGGAAGUUGAAUUGGGAAGACCUCCUACUAUUGGUGAAGUUUUCAUCAGGACUCAUACCAAGAAGGAUGGGACUUUUGUGGAUAGGAAGGCGCAGGAAGUCCAUGAAACAUAUCUCAAGAACAAGGCAGCUAAGUUGGCUGCCCUUCAAGAGAAUGAUGAACAAGCAGAUGGGACUUCGCAACGAUAUGAGCUAUCUCAAGAGGAGGAUGAUGAGAUCUUCCUUCAGUCUACUGUCACAAACGACAGAGGAGAAUACUUUGGUGUUGGCAGCCUCGGGGUUUACAUCAACGGGAAGCGCAAGUACCCAGGAAGCAGUUCUUCUUUCACAACACUCCAAUCACAGCUUGAGGAUGCUAACCGGAAGAUAGAGGAACAAGCAGCGCUCCAAGCAGAACGUGAAGCAGAGGCUUUGCGGGUCGCAGCUGAGCAAGCAGCUGAGAUCAAGCAUUUGGCGAUGGUGAAGAAGUAUUUGAGCGAGACUGACCCAAAGUUUAUGGCCUUCCUCAAGUCUCAAUCUGCUGCCACUGAUACUACUACUGCUGCCACGACUGCUGCCACUGCUGCUGCCACGACUGCUGCUGCCACGACUGCUGCCACUGCUGCUGCCACGACUGCUGCUACUACUGCUACUAUUCCUACUGCUCAACAACCAUAGGUCCCUCCUUCUCUAAACUUUCCCUCCUUCUCUGAACUUGAAAACAUUUGUGUUGCUUUGAAAACUUGUGUAAGUUGUUUGGUUACUUGAACUUGGUUCUUAUGUUUAUGUAUGUUUAUGUUGUGGUUUAUUUUAUAAUGUUCUUAUGUUUUAAAUAGAAGUCUUUUUGCUUAUAAAUUGGUAAUAACAAUCAAAUUAGCAACAAUUUAUUCUUCCAAAAUUAGCAUUCUAAGUCGAUAAUAAUCAGUCGCAAAGUAGUAUCAAUUCAGUUACCAAAACAUUUAGAAAAUAGUCGCCAUGUAGUGACAUAACAGUCGCUAGAUUCGUCACAAAACAGUCGCCAAAAGAGUCGCAAACUUAGCGACUGUGUGACGACUGAAUAGCGACUGCAAAUAAUGGUCGCCUAUUAGUCGCCAAAUAGCGACUGUUAUGCGACAUAUUAAUUUAGCGACGCAAGGUUCAGCGACUACGUGUUUUAGUCGCCAAACAGUCGUAAUUAUGUAUUUAGCGACGAUUUUGUUACUAUUAGUGUAGUCGCUAAAUCC